GUUUUUCAGUAAAUAUGCAGUCAGCUCUCUAUGUCCCCAGGCUGAAUGGCCAGUAAGCCCAUGAAAAGAUGCUCAACAUAACUAGUCAUUAGAGAAAUGCAAAUCAAAACCGUGAGGAGAUACCACCUCACAUCCACUAAAAAGGUUUAUAAAAAUGUUAAUGACAAAUGCCAGCAAGGAUGUGGAGUAAUUGGAACUCCUAGUCCCUGCUGGUAGGAAUGUAAAAUGGAAAGCAGUCUGGCAGUUCCUCAAAACGUUAAACAGAAGUAAUAUAAGACCCAGCAAGUUGACUUCUAGGUAUCCACUGAAGAAAAAUGAAAAGAUGCGCACGCAGACUUGUACACAGUGUUCAUAGUAGCAUUUUUCAUGGUAGCCCCCCAAUGGAAACAACCCACAUGUCCAUCUGUUGGAUAACAAAAGGCAGUCUAUCCAUAUAAUAGGUAUUAAUCUACAAUAAAAAGGAAUAAAGUACUGCUACUUGCAACACUAUGAAUGGACCUCAGAAACAUGAUGCUAAGAAACAGGACACAAGACCACAUAAUAUGAUUCCAUUUCUGUGAAGUAGGCAAAUCUAUAGAGACAGAAAGCAGAUGGGUAAUUGCCUAGGACUGGCGGCUGGAUGCAUUUGGGGGCAGGAUUAAAAUAGGAGAUCCCCUUCUCGUGGAAUCCCUGGACCCGACAUCUGCUGAGUGAGUCUGUGCUCUGUCCAGUGAAUGCCCCUCAUCUUGCGGUCCUAGAACCAGCAUGGAAAGGGUGGCUUUGGGCCUGCUCAGUGCUAUAAAGAUGGGACAAUUCCAUCACCACCUUCAGGACCCACUCUCUGUCCGAUUCAUUGGGGACCUGGGUGGGCUGUGCCUCUUUCUGUCCCAGGAGCCCUGGACAGAAGGGGCAUUGGAGCUCCCCUCAGAUCCAAGAGACCUGGCUGCCUUCCCAGCUCCCUGGCCUACCCAAGGCAUGUCCUAGGCACUGGCUGCUCCCUGGUGGCCAGACCGGGAAGGACUCAUUCCUCCUCACUGGCAACGUGAGCAUGAUCCUAGCUGGGCUGUGACAGGCAACUGCAUUGGCUGGGCACUAUUCUGGGGCACAUAGGCAGAGGGGCCAGGAACAGAAGAGGACAUGAUGAGAUGGAGAGAGGAGAGCCAGGCCUACUUGUUUCACACACAUUAAUUGAAAAAGUAAAGUCCUCCCACCCCCAGCAUCCUAGUACUCCAUGGGAGGCAACCACUGUUUUCAUAGCCUUUAAAAAAAGAUGCACACAACCCUAGCAGGUUGCUCAGUGGUUAGAGCAUUGGCCCAUAAACUGAAGGGUUGUGGGUUCAAUUCUGAUUAAGGGCAUAUACCUCGGUUUCAGGCUUGUUCCUUGGCCCCAGUCGGGGACGUGUGGGAGGCAACCAAUCUGUCUCGGAUUCAACAUCACUUCCAUUGGGAAGAAGCCUUAGGCUGGGCGCCCUUACAUUUCUUCACACCAUCACAGCCAUAAUGUACCGCUAUUACCAGAACGUGUGCACCCACAGCUACUCCUUCGUGUGGUGGGACUGGGCCCGCUGGGAACAGGAGAUUGACUGGAUGGCACUGAACGGCAUCAACUUGGCACUGGCCUGGAGCGGCCAGGAGGCCAUCUGGCAGCGGGUGUACCUGGCCUUGGGCCUGACCCAGUCAGAGAUCGAUGAGUACUUCACUGGCCCUGCCUUCCUGGCCUGGGAACGCAUGGGCAACCUGCACACCUGGGGUGGCCCCCUGCCCCACGCCUGGCACCUCAAGCAGCUUUACCUGCAGCAUCGGAUCCUGGACCGGAUGCGCUCCUUCGGCAUGAUUCCCGUGCUGCCUGCAUUCGCAGGGCAUGUCCCCAAGGCUAUAACCAGGGUGUUCCCCCAGGUCAAUGUCACCCAGAUGGGCAGCUGGGGACACUUCAACUGCUCCUACUCCUGCUCCUUCCUUCUGGCUCCCGAAGACCCGCUGUUCCCUGUCGUGGGGAGCCUCUUCCUGCGGGAGCUGACCAAGGAGUUCGGCACAGAUCACAUCUACGGGGCCGACACGUUCAAUGAGAUGCAGCCCCCGUCCUCAGAGCCCUCCUACCUCGCCGCAGCCACUGCCGCCGUCUACCAGGCCAUGGCCGCAGUGGACCCUGACGCCGUGUGGCUCCUCCAAGGCUGGCUCUUCCAGCACCAGCCCCAGUUCUGGGGCCCACCCCAGGUGGAGGCCGUGCUCAGGGCAGUGCCCCGCGGCCGCCUCCUCGUUCUGGACCUGUUUGCUGAGAGCCAGCCCGUGUACGUCCGCACAGCCUCCUUCCAGGGCCAGCCCUUCAUCUGGUGCAUGCUGCAUAACUUUGGGGGCAACCACGGCCUGUUUGGGGCCCUGGAGGCCGUGAACCGAGGCCCCGCAGCCGCCCGCCUCUUCCCCAACUCCACCAUGGUAGGCACGGGCAUGGCCCCUGAAGGCAUUGGCCAGAACGAAGUGGUCUAUGCCCUCAUGGCUGAGCUGGGCUGGCGCAAGGGCCCAGUGGCAGAUCUGGGGGCCUGGGUGACCAGCUUUGCGGCCCGGCGGUAUGGGGUCUCCCACGAAGGCACAGAGGCAGCGUGGAGGCUGCUUCUCAGGAGUGUCUACAACUGCUCCGGCGAGGCCUGCAGUGGCCACAAUCGCAGCCCGCUGGUCAGGCGGCCAUCCCUACAGAUGGUAACCACUGUCUGGUACAACCGAUCGGAUGUGUUUGAGGCCUGGCGGCUGCUGCUGACAGCCACCCCCACCCUGGCCACCAGCCCGUCCUUCCGCUACGACCUGGUGGACCUCACUCGCCAGGCAGUCCAGGAGCUGGUCAGCUUGUACUACGAGGAGGUGAGGACUGCCUACCUGAACAAGGAGCUGGUCCCCCUGCUGAGGGCGGCAGGCAUCCUGGCCUACGAGCUUCUGCCCUCGCUGGACAACAUACUGGCUAGCGAUAGCCACUUCCUGCUGGGCAGCUGGCUGGCGCAGGCCCGGGCAGCCGCGGUCAGUGAGGCCGAGGCCCAUUUCUAUGAACAGAACAGCCGCUACCAGCUAACCCUUUGGGGGCCAGAGGGCAACAUUCUAGACUACGCCAACAAGCAGCUGGCAGGACUGGUGGCCGACUACUACACCCCCCGCUGGCGACUCUUCCUGGAGACGCUGGUCGACAGCCUGGUCCGAGGCAUCCCCUUCCAGCAGCACCAGUUUGAGACGCAUGCCCUCCAGCUGGGGCAGACCUUUGCCCUCAGCACACGGAGGUAUCCCAGCCACCCCCAAGGCGACACUGUGGACCUGGCCAAGAAGCUCUUCCUCAAAUAUUACCCCCGGUGGGUGGCUGGCUCCUUGUGACAGAUUAACCACCCCUGGGCCAUGUUCUCCCCAAACUCCAAGCCUGGGCAGGCUCCGGGGGUCUGGAGCUGGGCAAGCGUCACUGGAGGUCCCCGAGCCUGGGCGAAGGGACUUAAGACCUGCCGGUCGGAUCGAGGUUAGGGGAUUUGGGGGGAAGUGAGCUGCCCUCCUCCACCACCCCAAAUUCGGGACCAAAGUACUGUUUUAAUACAACUUAAUAAACUGGUGAAUCACCUGGG